AGCGGGACUUUUAUAUUUAUAUCCGUUAACCUCUGACAACAAACGGGACAAGUUCACCGUAAGGGAGACAGCAGUUCCCUGUAAUUGUACGUUAAUGGAGCGGUACGGUAACCUUGAUUUGGACCUGGAGUGUGACGGAGGAGCUGUCUCUCAAAAAGCCUCAUUAUUCAGUGGGAUAUUCAAAAAAUCCUCCAAGUCUAAAGAACUGCUUCCAUCUGCACAGGCUGCCUUGACAUUACAAAAUCCUGAACUGUCUGCCAGCAAUGACAGUUUAACCAGCAAGUCAAAGGAUAAAUCAGGUGAGCUGGGUGGAUCACGGAAACUAUCUCCCAAACCAAGACAUGUGCGGAGGCCUUCGCAGGAUCUAAAGGACAUCUCAGCCAGUAAUGACAAUCUGUCUGAGGACACCAAUGCAAAGGAGGAUUUGUCCACAACCGUUAAGAUCUCAGGCAGCAACGACAAUCUGCCGGUGAACAGCAACACUAAGGAGACAGGUGGGAUGUUUAGCAGUAUGUUUAAAAAAUCCCCACACCCUCAGGAGGAUUCUGCUGCACGAGAUGAUCUCUCUGGCAGCAAUGACAAGAACCACGCAAAGGAUGAUUUGUCUGUCGAUGAUGAACUCCUUGCUGGUAAUGACAGUGCCGUGGAGAAGUCUUCAAAAGGUGGCGUUGCAAAGGUCUUGAGGAGUCCCUUCACCUCCUCCUCUCAGGAUAAGGAAAAGACUGACCACUCAGGAGACUCACAGGAGAACAGUUCUGCCACAGGGAAGCCCAAAACCAAGGAGGAGAAAAGCUCCAACAACGAUGACGAGAAGAAAGUGGACCAUGGAGAUAACCAGCCCACUCAAAAACAGAAUAAACUGGCUGGGGGAAUGACGAAGCUGAAUCCAUUUCGAUAUGCAAAUAAAAAUGAAAAGGAGGCAGGCUCAAUAGAAGAAGAUUUAACUGUCAGCAACAAGAAGUCAUCAGGCCAUAAGCAGGUACGGUUAUAGAUAUUUUUCCCUGUUUAAAGUACAUUUCUUUGACAUUUCUCAGUUUAUUUAAUUCAAGUUAUGUUUGACAGACACUGAGGGGAAGUCUUAUUUAGUAGGAAGCUUGCUGCUUCCUGUUCAUUCAGUUAAAAGUUGGGUUUAGUUUCACCACCAUUGAAAGUCUUUAAAUUAAAUGUUGCUGAGACAAAACUUCUUGAAUAUCCAUAAUCAGCCAGACUCAGUGUUCUCAAACCAUUU